GUUGUUUUACAUCUGUGUGCUGAGAGCUAACAUGUCUAUAGAUGGGACCAAAUUGUUGUUUGAGGGCUUUCUGCAGAAAAGAAAAGAUACUAUGAAAAUAAGAUGGGUGACUUAUUGGUUCCGGCUUCAAAAUACAACCUUGUUCUUCUACACACAGAAGAACGGCAGUGCUUCGCACUUGAGAGGCUAUUACUACAUUUACACAGUGCAGUCAGUGCGAGAGGUCCAGAGAGUUGACGGCAAGCGCUUUAUGUUUGAGAUCAUCAUGACAAAUGGAAAGAGGAAAGUGUUGGCAGCAGAGACAGCAGCUCUCAGAAAAGAGUGGGUAGGACACCUGUGGCAAGCCAUGAAUCUUUCGUUCUCUGUGGUUUCAGACACCAGAGGCACACAGCUUGAUGUGUGUGAGCAGCGGGACAGAUUAAACAGCAGCGCUCCCCUCUGCUCACACAGUGAGAGUGUGAUGCAGUUGCUGCCUGCCCGGCCCCUCUCUGCCCCUGCUCCUACGGGACACAUCCACCCUGAGAUCAGUAGCAUUGCAUGUCUGUCUGAGGCGCUGAACAGAGAAGAGGCCAGUGAGGUGCACCAAAGCACACUGCCGUCCAGUAGCUACCAGCAUCACAGUGGUGACAGUCUCAACAGUUCUCAGUGGUCCAUUGGGCUGAACAAUGCAGAGGACAGACAAGAAGGACUCUAUGACUUUUUACCACCCAGAAACAGUGCCAGUAUCAACAGUUCGCAGUGGUCCAGUGGGCUGAACAAUGCAGAGGGCAGACCAGAAGAAGACUAUGACAUUUUACCACCUAGAAACAGUGCCAGUCUCAACAGUUCUCAGUGGUCCAGUUGGCUGAACAAUGCAGAGGGCAGACCAGAAGAAGACUAUGACAUUUUACCACCUAGAAACAGUGCCAGUCUCAACAGUUCGCAGUGGUCCAGUUGGUUGAACAAUGCAGAGGGCAGACCAGAAGAAGACUAUGACAUUUUACCACCAAGAAACAGUGCCAGCCUCAACGGUUCUCAGUGGUCCAGUGGGUUCAACAAUGCAGAGGACAGACCAGAAGAAGACUAUGACAUCUUACCACCUAGAAACAAGGUUUGUGAGAUCAGCGCUUCAGCAGAGAUGAACGAGGGUGUGUAUGACUCUCCCAUCUUGUACAGGAGUAGUGCUGAACAUCCAAAUCCCACAGAGAGCGUCUAUGAUGUGCCGAGCUCUCUUUUGAGGAGGACGCCUGAUCACAGUUUAGUGGAUCAGCCGGCCAACGCAGCCUACUGGAGGAUAUGAGGUCCAGUUUAAGGACACAGCUGGCAGACUGGAGGGAAGCAGCAGCCUUUGAUACAAAGACUGCAUCUGGUCCAAAACUUGCAUGUGUGAUGAGUGUGAGGCUGCCUAAUAUCUCAUAUAACAAGUGCAAAUGAUUGUCUCCUCUGUUCUCUCUGUUACAACAUGCACAUCCACGACAAAGACAUUAGAGCUCAGGUAUUUAUUUCAGCUCCUUCUACAGAGAACCACAGUCAUUUAUAACUAUAGAGAACACGCUGUACAGAAAUGUCAAGACAUACGCACUGUGGGUCAGUCACACUAUGGUUCACAACAGUAAAAUGACUCAUUUACAUGUCACCUGCUUCACAGUUUAAAAGUAUACACCACCAACCAUAUUGCUGUAUUACACACUUUGGACUGGUUUUAAGGGGAAUGGUUGAAGCUUGGUUCUAAAACCCUUUAUGGGUUGAAUGCAGUACAAAAACUUGUGACAGGUACACAUGAAAGGAAAAUAAAAUGCAUGCAUGUACUGUAA